AGUGGAAGGGCCCAGGCCUUACAUCACAGAACCGUCUCCCUGGAAACAACCAGGUCCCUCCACAGAAUGUGAGACCCCACAAGUCCCUUGGAUGAACUGAGUUCCAGAGUUCCUUUUCAAGAUGAAUUACUUAACCGUUCCAGAGGAGACCCGGAGGGAGGUUGAAAUUCCAGAGACCCUGCCUGUUGUUGUUCCACCAUCCCCGGCGGCCAGCCCUGUUGGGUCAUAUAACAGAACUAUCCAUAUUAAAUACCCGCCCCUAUCCACAUGGAGCCUAAAGGCCAAGCCCUCUCGCAGUAGCACCCGAAUUCAUCCAUCCUUCACUGCCAUGGGGCAAAACUGGGAACAAGAUCACCGCCUAAGAAUGAGGAGAACCAGGAUGCAGCGGGCCUACAAGAAGCAGAUAGCCACCAACGAGCUCCUCCAAAAGUGCUGCGGGAAGAUCUUUAAAGUCUUUCUCCGAAUCCAGUUCAUGCUGGCUAUCCUGGUGCAGAGCCUCACGUUUGAAAUCUUCAUCUUCAUUGUGGUCUGUUUAAACACCAUCGUCCUGGUGGUCCAGACCUUUGCUGAGGUGGAGGUCUGGGGAGAAUGGUACUUCACAGCUUUUGACUCGGUCUUCCUCUGCAUCUACUUCAUGGAGGCCGUCCUAAAGAUCAUAGUCAUGGGAUUAGGCUAUUUUGAUUCUUGGAACAGCCUAGAUUUCUUCAUCAUGGUCAUGGCCAUGGUGGACUUCGUGCUCAAGCAGAUCUACUUCUCCUCCGUCACGAGAAUGGCCCACAGCAAAACCGUCUUCGGCAUUCUCAAGAUCUUCAAAAGCCUCCGUGCCCUGCGGGCCAUCAUGGUGCUCCGCAGGCUCAGCUUCCUCAACAGCCUCCAGGAGGUGACGGGGACGCUGGCCAGGUCGCUGCCAUCCAUCGGGGCCAUCCUCGUCCUGAUGUUCACCUGCCUCUUCUUCUUCUCGGUGAUAUUCCGAUCCCUCUUCAACCAUUCGGACCCCAAGCGCUUCCAGAACAUCUUUACCACCAUCUUCACGCUUUUUACUAUGCUCACCCUGGAUGACUGGUCCCUCAUCUACUUGUCCAGCCGGGACAAAGGUGCCUGGUAUAUCAUCCCCAUCCUCAUGAUCUACAUUAUUAUACAAUACUUCAUUUUCCUCAACCUGGUGAUCGCGGUGCUGGUGGACAACUUCCAGAUGGCCUUAAUUAAGGGACUGGAAAAGGAGAAGCAGAAGAAAGUGGCCCGGAUGCACGAGCGCCUUCUGGACGAGUCACUGACCAUGCUCGAGAAAGAACCGGAGGAGAAUUUGAGCGGGAUUUCUCUACAAAUGAAGAUCAUUGAGAAAAAAUAUGGGGACCUGACAGAAUCACAGCAGAAGCAAAUGUUCCACUACCUGCAGCUGAUGGCGGCCGUGGAGCACCACCAGCAGGUGUUCCGCUCGCAGGCGGCCGUCAUCGAUGAGAUCAUUGACAAAGUGUUUGAGGCCGGAGAAGAAGAUUACAAAAAGUAAAUGGAGAAGUCGCCGAGUGACCGCAAGUGGAUCCGGCUUUUGUGGCCUUGGGGCCGGCCGGCGGGCCCGGGACUGCCUGGGCUACGAUCCAAUAGAGUCCUGAAGUCUCUUUCUAAGCUCUUGUCUCCUUCCUGGCUGCGAAUCCAGUGGGCUUGUAGGAGAGACCCCCACCCCUCAGAGCCGCCCGUCCCCUCACAGCCGCCCACCCCGCUGUUUUCCCCCCCAAGGGAUCCCGGCUUCGGCGGCUUCCCCAUCAGGGCCUUAUUGCAGCCUGUGGCCCAGGUGGCCUGACCCCAGUGGCCUGUGACUUGGGCAGCCCGUGGCCCCGGUCUCCAUCCCAGACUCCAGAGGGCAGAGACAAGAACAGCUGGGGGAGGCCCUGGGUGGGUGUGGGGGGAGAGCAGCAGGUACAGAAGCUAACUCUUAGGAGACUUGAAGGUCUGUGACUAUUUUCUCAUUUAAGCCUCCCAUCAAUCCUGGGAAACAAGAGCCCCAUUUUACAGAUGAGGAAACUGAGGCAGAGAGGUAAAGUGACUCAGCUACUAAGUCUGAGGCCAGCUCCUCAGGGCUUGCCCUCUUCCGCUGUCCCCACCCCCAGGAAUAUCUGAGGUGAAAUGAGCCGCUGUGGGUGGGAAGGAGGAGGCUGCCUCCGGGAGGUCUCGGGGGAGGCUGGACAGACCAUCCCUACGGCCUCAAGCUGAGGAUGCUCAUGGGCUCCCGGCCCAGAGGGGCAGGGCUGGGGCUAAGGCAGGCCCAAGCUCCCCGCGUGGUCAGCGUGCCCCAAACCCACCGCGUGGGGAGCCCCCCCCCCCCAGUGCUGGGCCCCAGCUCUCCCAGGCCCGGAGCCAGAGAGAGCCCUGUUCCUCAGGGUGAUGGCCACGGGCCAGCGUCAGCUGAGCCUGAGUCACUUGUCACCAGGCCAGAGCGUUGUGCCCGAUGCCCAGGGAGCCAGUGAUGACAUCGGGGAGGGCCGGGCAGGGCCGCCCACAGCCAGGUGGGGAAAUGGCCAGGGACGGCCACGGCGGGUGCUCGGGAGGAGCCUGAAGGCCGCAGAGGGCCGGGGCCGGGCUGGGAGCGUGAAUAAAGGGCCAGAGCAUCCGCUCGGACGUCCCCCCUUGCCGUGGGGCCUUGUUCCCGCCCCCCCGCCCCGCCAGGGGCCUGAACCUCACUACUGGGGACCCAGGCUGAUGGGCCUGAAGCUCAGAAUGGCUUCAAUUAAGUACCUGCUGUAUCCUGGGCCCUGCGAUUAGCGAGGAGCCCUCUCAGCUUUGAGUCUCAGGGUGGCCCGGCUCUGCCCUCGGUGACUUUACAAAUGACAGCCGAGGGCACCGGGAGGGACAGAGGAGGAGAGAGGAAGGAGAGGGAGGAAAGGCGGGACGCGGCGGAAAUCGGGAAGGAAGAGGCCGGUGGGCGGUCCCCAGGAGGAAGUACGGGAACCCAGCCAGGAUCCAUCACGGCCCCCUCCCCCAUCCUGAGCGCCCCCUCCCUGCCCCGCUGCUGGGCCUAGCAGGCUCUGAGACACUCCUGGGCCAGUCAGGUCCGCCUGCACCCCCUCCCUCUCGAACCGUGUUCCUGGAGACUGGUGGCGAACUAAGGGCCAAAGGGAGUGAGGGUGAGGGGCCUCUCAGGGUUCGAGCUUUGGGCAGCAGGGAGUCUCUGCUUGGGGGGCAGCCUGGCCAGGGCGGGCGUGGGCAGAGAACCCUCCCCCUCGGCGCCCGAUUCCCAGCUGGGCUUUGGCCGGCCCCGGGGGCCAGCGGCGGCUUCCCUUUGUGUGUAUGUGCGUGUGUGUCCUAGCUAAUGUGCAGGCAGGUGGAUUCUGGGAAAAAGGACCAGGGAAUCAAGCCCUCUCUGCCCCCAUAAAGCCCCCCUUAAAGCAGAGCUCCCACUCGGGGCAGCCCAGUCUGGCCCUGGAGGGCGGCCUUCUUCCACCGUA